AUGCCUAAAAAUUUUCAAGUAAAAGGCAAAGGAAUUUUACCAAAUAAUAUAAAUCUUGAUGAUGAAAUAGAAGAUGAUGAGUAUCAGAAAAAUGAAAAUUUUGGCAUACCAUUAUCUGAAGAACAGAUUGUUGCCAUGCUCAAAGAAAACAAUACUAUUUCUAGUGAUGAAGGCAAGAAGAUUAUUAUUUCAGUAACUAGUUCCGAGGCUCUAGGUGCAUUUGAUACAAUUUUUGACUAUUUAGAACAAGAUGAUAAUCAAGAUAUUAUUGAUAAAAUACAUUUAAAGCAAUGA